UAUAAUAUAUAAUAUAAAAUAUAAAAUAUAAAAUACAAUAAAAUAUAUAAAUAAUAAUAUAAAAAGUGAAACACCGACGAGAUUUCCUAUAGAACGCAAAGAAGCUUUAAAAACUCAAUAAUUUAAAUAAAAAUCAAACCGAAGCAACUACCACUCAUAACAAAUUGAAAUUAACAAGGUCAUAGGUAUUCUUAACAGUAUUAUUAACACGUUAACACAUACUCACUCAACAAUCUUCCACCUACCGCGCUACGAAAGUGUAAACGCCGCAAAUCUACCCAAAUACACGUGACCCCCACAACGUCAAGAAACAAGUGGAAAAAAAUAAUAAUAAUAAAAAAAAAGAAAAAUACCAACAAACAACAACAAAAAUCAUAAUAAAGCAACAGUAAAACAACUAAACAACACAGUGCCACACAGCGAGCGCGGAAACACGUCGCAACAAAACGAAAAGACCAACAGCUUGUCGGGAAAGUGACAUACAUACAUACAUACAUAGUACAACGUAGUGAGAGGAAAGUAGUAAAGAAAAUAAAAAAAAACAGAAACAACUGUGCAUUCGAGGAUAUUAAACGAUAUAAAAGAGAAAACAAGAGAACACCAGGAAAAUGUCCUGCAUAUCUAGUAAUUUCAGCUCAUUCUUCCUUAAUUCCCUCAACGAUUCAUCUGAGUUCGCCAAAUAUUUGAGCAAUGGUGAGCUAAAGUUUUCGUCCUUCGAGGAUUUUCAAGUGUUUGGAACGGGCGCGGCGGGUACUGGCGCGACGCCACCUCCGUCAGCAACGUUGUCAUCAUCAUCAUCAUCAACAUCAUCAGUAGCACAGCAGGUAGCAACGCAACAACAACAACAACAACAACAGUAUUAUAAUGGUGUCAGUAAUAGUGGUAAUAACAACAAUGCCAAUAUUGGCAUUGGCGCCACCAACACAACGGGGUUACCGAGUGGCGUUGAACAACCGUAUAGUAAUGGUAUUGGCCAAGUGAAUCCUAUUGGUAAUUGUGUUCAAAAUGUAGCGGAAACAUCUAAUGUCACGGCGUUAACGCCUUCGAACGGCCCACAGUCCGCCGGUGUGCAGCAGUUGCAACAUGGCGCACAUUUACAUUCAACACAUCACACACAUCCCUCUCAUCUGCCACAUACGCAUCCACAUGCACCGCACCCCUAUGCCGGCGGUAGCCAUGCGACGCAUCCACCCGGUAGCCUCGGCGGUGCAACCGCUCCCAAUGCCUUUCAUCAUAAUCACCUCGCUGCGUCACACCAUGUGCAAGGCAUGCCAACGUCUACAACGCAAAGUUAUCCUGCAACACUACAACGUUGGAGUUCAGCUGGAGCUGGCAAUCCUAUGGCUACCGCCACGCCCGGCACACCGCAUAGUAUAUCACAAUUGCAGAGUAACAAUCAACAGGGCACGUCUCUUACUCCUAAUCCUAGUGGUGCUCAGCACUUCGAUGGUUCCUUUGAAUUCCUUAAAUACCUGCGUCAUUCGAAUGAUUACAAUAAUGGUGAGGGUCAAGCUGAAGCUAGUGCCAAUGGCACUUCUGCUGGUCCGACACAAUCAUCUACGUCGUCUAGCUUGAUCGAUUUGGAUAGUAGUACGUCACAUAAAUCACGAUCUUCGCGUAAAGCAGCCGCUUUAUUGUCUUCCGUUUCGCGUUCCUCUAAUAGCCUUGACGCCAACGCGCUGGACGUUUUCGAUCAUGAUUCGAAACAUACCGUUUUCGAUAUGCAUCAUGUCACGGCUACUAAUAGUUCCAACUCGAAUGAAUCUUCCCUCGAGAUAUCCAAUUUAGCCUUCCCCACCUCGCAUUUAAAUGCUUCCAACUCGAAUACUUCCUCCGAAGGCGCCGCUACGGGUAGCUCUGAUUUUGCUAUGCUUAACGUUAGCUCCGCGGCAAGUGCUCCGAAACCGUUGGCUACCUUCACCAUCAAGGACAACUUUGAUGUACAUCCUUCGCAUAAGGUGGAGGAGGGUAUUUUCCAACAUAUGAAUAAACUACCGGCGAAGAAAAAGGAAAAUUUGAAGCAAUUAGGAGUUCGUUUCACGGGUCAGAUGACGCUUUCGGACAAGUCUAUUGUUGUGGAAAACUUCAUUAAGUUCUGCCAGGAAUACGACGUUCAGGAUCAUCGACCAUUUUUAUCACUCAAUCAAAGUGGCUUAAAUAAGGCAGAUCAAAUUAAGUUUGCACGUUAUUUGGGCCAAGGUCUACCCACUUUUACGCUUUUUUGCAUUUAUAGCAAUUUCAAAAAUCUUUUCUGCACCAAACGAACGGAAAUCUACACAAAGGAUGGUUACAAUUUGCCUUACAUACUGGACAAAACGAAACGUUUUCUAUCAAAUACAACAGCAGAUUUGAAAAACAUGGUGCAACAGCAAUCUAACGAUAGUAUCGAUUUCGGACCGAAUGCGUUGGAUAGCAGCGGCGCACCCAGAGUGGGCAGUAGCAAUUUUGAUUCGUCAUUACCGGCGAGAUGUUUGAUGCCAAAAGUUUUGGAAAAUUUAUUAAUAUAUGAAAAUUUCGAUGUACACGAAACGCAUCGUGUUGAGGAUGGGGUCUGUACACAUAUAACGCGUUUGCCGCCAAAAAAGCAGGAAUUAUUUAAACAGUUCGGUAUUCAGAGUAAUCAAACGGUAACCUUUUACGAAAAGUACAUACUCGUCGAAAACUUCAGCAAAUUCUGCAAUGAAUAUAAGAUAUCCGAUCAUCGACCCUUUUUGGACUUCCAUGAGAGCGGUUUACCCAAAUGUGAACAGGUCAAGUUUGUACGAUAUUUGGGACAGGGAUUACCAAAUUUGACACUCAACAAAAUAUACUUAUCCUUCAAGGAUUUAUUGGGAAUGAAUCGUUUAGAAAAAACGACCACGGAGGGCUACAAUUUGGAUUUGAUUUUAAAGAAGAAGAAAAAGAAUUUGUAUAAUCGUAUGCAGGCAGCAGUUCACAGAGAAAAUAAUGAAACGCUGCCCACAAGUCAACCCGCUCAACAAUCAAUCGCACAAACGACACAUCCUGAUGGUUUUAAAACCUAACAAUAACCGUUAAAUGGGUUUGUGAACACUAUUAUGGAGAAUUUGUCACGUGAGGUGCUUAGGUGGUGGAGCGCAGUGGAGAAACUAAAACAAAAUUAUACUCGAAAUUAUACAUCCUGGAACUGGACCCGAAACUGUUGUGUCUUCAAAAAUUCAUGCAAAAACAAAAAACAAAAACAAAAUUAUGUUAAUUAAAGUUUAAAAGUAUUCGUAAGUGCUAAAUUUAGGAAUUAUGGUAGUUAAUUUGAAAAAUUGUUUUUUGAUAAAGGGAAAUGUGUACGAAAACGAGAAAAGAACUUAAAAGAAAAUGCAAAAUGAAACAAGAACAAGUUAUUGUAGUAUAUAAAAUAGCUAAAUAGCAAAAAAGCAAAGUUAAUCAAUUGAAAUGGCAAAUACAUAAGAGUAUUAAGCCACUUGCAUACAUAUAUAAAGGUUAACCAUAAAAUAUAGUAAGGUAAAAGUAUAAUAAAUAAGCAAAUGAAUUCAAAUCAAGUAAAUCAAAAAUAAUACAUUGGAAAUAUCAAAAAGGUAACUUUGAAUGAAAUGCAAUCAGAACUAGAAAUAUGUACUCGUAUGUUUGUAUGUAAAUUAAUGUUCUUAAUAUUUCGUUAAUCUUAAAUUUCUUUAAACUCAAUUUUUGCUGACAGAGUCUGUUAGAGUACGCAGUACCAUUGCGUUUUCCCAAAUUCAACUCAUUUACGCAUUGAAAUGAAAAUUUUUCAGUUAAUUUCAGCGUCUGUAUAUAAAUUAACAUGCCAUCCUCAUGUGUUUCUUAGUUAGUUGUAUUUUGUUGUUAUUUUGCUUUGAAUAAUAAUAAUCUUCAAAAGACU